AUGACUUAUGACGAGGUUUGGAAAGCUGUCGAACGAUGUGCAAGUCAUUUGGUUCUACUGGACGAUCCAGUCUUGGCUUUGGUGGCAGAUCGUUCUUGUGGAUUGGUCAUUUCACUUCUGGGGGUUCUCCGAGCAGGGAAAGCCUACACACCAAUUGAGCCAGACUUCCCAGCCAGCCGUGCACAAGCCAUGAUGGAGACAGCGGACAUCAAGCAUGUCUUGGUCCCUGUAGAUCAGCUGCCACAGCCCAUUCUACAUCAAAACCCCCGCACCGUGUUGGCUGUGCACAACAAUGGCCUGGUUUGCACUUCUGCGGGUCAUCCAACCCCUUCAGCAAAUGAGCUGCCAGAUGUGUCGGACAGAGCCACAGCCUAUGUGCUCUUCACUUCAGGCUCCACAGGAAAGCCCAAAGGUUGCUGCGUUCCUCAUCGUGGUAGCGCCCUCUAUGCCCAGGCAGUUGUGGAGCACUGCACAUUGCAUGAGGAUAUGGUCUUCUUGCUGAAAACUCCCUACGUCUUCGACGUUUCCAUCCAGGACCUUUUCACCGCUUUCUGCGCAGGCGGUACCUUGCAGAUUGCCAAUCCUGGCGCUCACAAAGAUGCUGGUGCCAUUGUCGAGACGAUCACCAGCAAAGGUGUGAAUUGCGCUUGCUUCGUCCCGACGUUGCUGGUGGAGUUCGUCAACUACUUGGAACGGAACCCAGAUGAGGCAAAGGAGGUACAGAAGUGCCUGAAGCGGGUUCUGACAAUUGGUGAAGCCUUGAUGACAUCAACUUGCAAACAGCUCUUCCAGAUCAUUCCAGACCUCCAGGUACACAACCUCUAUGGCCCGACAGAAGCCAGCGUUGGGGUCUCACAUUUCAUGGUGACGGGACACAAUGCUGAGAAGCUGGGAGCUGUUGUGCCAAUUGGAAAACCAUUCUCCUAUGUGACUUUCUGUGUUUUCGAGCCGAACUACGAGGGUCACAAUGGUCACAUCACAGAGGAAAGCUUGACACCAGCCAAGCCCGGAACAAUUGGUGAACUCUUCAUUGGUGGAGAUUGUCUUGCCACGGGCUAUAUGAAAAAUCCUGAGAAGACCAACAUGGCAUUCUUCGAUUUCCCCAAGUUGUGUCCCAGAGCAGCAGAUGCCCCUUUCACUCUCUAUAAAACAGGUGAUUUGUGCAGAGUGCAAAGUGACACCAAUGAGACCUUCCACUACAUGGGUCGCAACGAUUUUCAGGUCACAUGGCCAAGAUAUGCCAAGAUGCAAAGGAUCCCUGAGGGCGACGUUGUGAAGAUCUCAGGUGUGCGAAUCGAAUGUGAAGAAGUCUCUGCGGUGCUGAAAGCACAUCCUGUCGUCGCAGAUGCCUUGGUCACAGCCUUCGAUGGUCCUUAUGGGAAGGCCUUGGCUGCCUACGUGGUGACGAAGAAUGCUACGGAUUGGGCUGCCCGUGAUGUGUUGGACGGAGAUGGCGGGGUGGAAGAGGUGAAUGUCAACAACUGGGGCGCUGUCUAUGAUGAGAUGUACAAAGAGACUGACCACAGCGUCUCUACCAAUGAUCCAACUUUGAACUGGAGUGGCUACACAGAUACCUAUUCAAGAAGACCUCACAUUGAAGCUGUGAUCAAAGAGUGGGUUGAAUGGAGUUGUGAACAGGUGUCGAAUCCUGUUCACCAGAAGUUGUUGACGUCGGAUCGUCAGGGUCGUCAGGGUCGUCAUUGCAUCACUGAGUUGGGCUGCGGCAAUGGGAUGCUCCUCUUUCGCCUGGCGCCGCUGCUGGGCUCCACGGGCCGCUACAUUGGCACCGACAUCUCCAGCCGAGCCUUGGAAACGGUGCAGCAGUUGCAACGGACGUUGCCACAGUAUCAACAUCUCAACGUGGAGACCAAAUCCUUAGCGGCACAUGAGAUCCUCGAUGUUUGCAAAGAAAAGGAAAAUGACAUUGUGCUGUGCAACGGUGUGACGAUGUACUUUCCCAGUGCCAACUACCUCUUGAAAUGUAUGCAGCUUUCGGCAGAUGCCACGCGCGAUGGUGGCGUGGUCAUUUACGGCGAUAUCCAAAGCAAGCGCCACGUGCUUCCCUUCCGUGCUCAUGUUGAAACAUACCAGGCCUUGCGACGUCAGGAUGCAACAGCAAUGGCUGUGUUGAAUGCUGCCAAACAGUCCGUGGUCAAUGAGGAGCUGUCCUAUUUUGAUGACGUCCUGUUUCAUCGCCUUGAUCGUAGUGGUCACAAGCUCUUCCAAAACCGUUUGGCAAAGGUGGAGAUGAGGGUCAAGCGAGGUUGGUGGCAUUCAGAAUUCAACCGCUUCAGGUAUGAUGUUUGGUUGGUGUUGAGUGAUAGCGAUGGAGCUAGCUCCGGAACUCCCAGAACUCCAAAGUUCGAAAAGAUCGACUACAAGUCCUUCUGCCAAGAAUUACAACUCCGAGAUGGCGAUGGUGUGAAUGACUUGGUGGACCCGCAAUUGGUUGAGAAGCUGGAAGGAUGGGUGGCUGAUCAUUUGCUCCAGGCCGAGAAGGACGGUGCCGAUGGCUUGGUCGUCAGCUUGCCAAAUGCUCGGACCUACGCGGCCACGCGUCUGCUGGAGUGGCUGGAAGAGGCCGCCAAACAAAACAUGGAGAUGCUGAGCCUUCCAGGUUUGCUUCACCCUGCAGAUGCACACCUUGGAUCCGUGGAGGAAAGUCACAAGUAUGGCGUGGAACCGGAGAUGCUCUUCACCAUGCGGCUCCCUCCAGGGUGGACACAGCGAGUCAUUUGGGAUGAAGAUCCAGGGUUCCUUCGUUUCGUUUUGCUUCGUGAAGAAGUUGCUGAAGGACCUUGGUUGGCAGCAGCCACAGCAGCUUCCUUCGAAGACUUGCCAGAGGACCUUUCCAGCUUCAAGAAUCAACCCCAAGACUUCGAAGCAAUGAACUUCGAUCCCAUCAAGGCUUGCAAUGAUGUGAUGAAGGCAUGGGCAUCGGACACCUCUUUGUUGCCAGCUAUGAGACCCUCAGUGUACAUCCCGAUGGAGUCCUUCCCCAAAAAUGCGGCCGGCAAGAUUGACCGUGGAGCUUUACCUGAUGCAGCGGAGGCAUUGCAGGCCAUUUCUGCACAUACAGAGAACUACGAACCACCUGCAACAGAGGAUGAGAAGAAAAUGGUCGAAAUUUGGGAAAAGGUACUGAAAGUCCAAGUCGGAGUCUUGACUCCAUUUGUGGCCUAUGGCGGUCAUUCCCUCACGGCUGUGCAGUUGUGUUCUCGUGUGAAUGCAGCUUUCAACCGUCGACCUGACUUGGUUUUCUUGAUGUCCGAAGAUUGCACUGUCCGAGCAUUGCUUGGAAAGUUAUCUGGGGAUGGCAGUGGCAGUGGUGUGGGUUGUGUGAUGCGCUUGUCACCACCACAACGUGGCUUGCCAAUGAUCAUCUUCUGCGCAGCUGGAACUUCUGCGGCUACUUACCAGGCUGUGGCGGAACGCAGUCGCUUGCAGCUGUACGCCGUGGAGUUGCCGGGACGCGGUUGUCGUGCAGAUGAAGCGACCAUUUCAGACUUUCAGCAACUUCUGGAGAGUUUGAAGCCUGAUGUCAUGACUUGGGCAAGGAAGUACAAGUGCUUCUACGCGUGGGGCGACUCACUGGGAGCCAUCCUGGCAUACGAAUUUGCUCGACUUUGGCAUCAGGAUCCUUCCACCAACUUGCUGGGGCUCUUUGCCAGCGGCAAUGCUGGGCCUCCCGAAGCAUCAAAGGAGCGAGGCAUGGGAGAGGCUGUCAUGGAACAUUUGGGACUGAACAUGGAUUGCUGCGACAUGACCCAGGAGAAUUGGAAGAAAUUCCUCCUAGCUUCAGCAGGAAAUGGCGCAAAUGAACUCGAAAAGCUUUUGGAAAAGCCAGAACUGGUGGAAAGCAUCAUCGGCCCUGUCCGUGCAGAUUGCUUAUGUUACGAGUCGUACCGCUUGGACAAAGUGGAGCGCAUCCACUCGCCCAUCACAACAUUUCGAGGAGGAAAUGAUCUUGUCACUUCUCCAAAUGCCAUUAAAUCUUGGACACGAGUGGCAGGCAGCAGGUACGAACACAAGGAGUUCGGAGAGUUCGGUCACAUGUUGGCAAGAGAGUGUCCCAAUUUGUUGGCGGAGUUCUUUGAAGAGUAUGCCACUCCAGACUUUACUCAUGAGCUGAAGCAUUUCCAGACUUUCCGCACGGCCUACAGAUUGAUGCGCUCAUCAUCUUUCUCAGGGCAUGCCAAGGAGAUCAAGAAAAGUAUGCGUGCACUCCGCGUGUGCAGUCCAACCAAUGGAGCAUCGGCCCUGCCCAUGGAUCUGGAAAAUCUGGAAGAUCUGGAAUUGGUUGUCUCAGACUUGGAACUGUUGGUGGAAGCCAUCACUCCGCCGACCAAAGAAAUGAAGGCGCAACAUAGCUUCAGUACAGGCAUGACGGUCCCCAACAUGGCACAAUGUAGGAAUGCGAACCGCUGGAAGGCUCCCCCGUUUGGGGAUGCCGAUUCCGGCGUCGCCAUGGCCAUUUGGUCCGGUCCCAAGACGCCCUAUGUGUUUGCCGAUCUGCCACCCAAAGAGGAUGCACGUCAAGGAAAGGAAAGCCACAAAUGUGGGAACAAUUGGAGGUCAAGGAGUGCGAACCGCUGGAAGGCUCCCCCGUUUGGGGAUGCCGAUUCCGGCGUCGCCAUGGCCAUUUGGUCCGGUCCCAAGACGUGCCAAGACGUGGAUCAACUGCUGCGGCUCUUGGCGAAUUCUCGUGUGACGGCUUCUCAAGUAGCUUUCUACGAAAAGAGCCGCGCACAGGCCUCCCUUGGCCGCAAGCUCUUCAAGGCAGAUGACCCGAAUGUGGUGGAGAGAUGGCUGCGCCAUGGUGCAGAUGUCUGGCAACGAGAUUCCGCCGGCAACGUUCCGUUGCAUGUGGCAUCCAAAGAAGUUGCACAUCUUUUGCUUGAGGAGUGCGGUGACGCUGCAGGAGUCAGGAAUUUCAAGGGUCAGACGGCUGUACGCCACCUGAUCUCUCUGGGCUGGGAGGUGGCUCUGCGAAUUCCAUUGAGUGUUUUGCUGUCUGAAGAAUUGGACGAAGAAAUAGAAGAGGCAAAAAGAGGCCGAAUCCUGUCGUAUCGUGUCAUGAUGGUAUGUUACGUCGCCGAUGGCCCUAGCAAGCCAAUUGUGCCCGCAUAG